GAUAUUUUGUUCCCCUCUUUCUCGAAACUAAAUCCCUAAACCCUGCUACUGCGAAUCAUCUCUGCUUUCUCGAACCAAGCAACACAGAAACCCGAUGUUGAUGGCCAAGGAAUUGCCUGAAGACUUGGUGACACAGAUUCUGCUAUGCCUUCCGGUCGUCUCUCUCUUGCGUUUCAAGUCCGUCUGCAAAUCCUGGUACGCUCUCAUCACAAACCAAAACUUCAUAACAAAACACCUCCUACACAACAAGAACAGCAACACCCAGCAUCUCCUCCUUACAACGCGCGACAAAACUAUUGUAUCCACGAUUUCUCAAGAAACACUCCACAUAUCCCAUACACCUCUACCUCCACGGUAUCUUGGGAUCGACAAAAAGAUACCAGUUUUUGUCGUGGGUUCUUGCAAUGGUCUCGUUUGUCUCCACGAUUUCCAUGAGUUUUCUGUGGAUGAAAACUAUUUCUAUGAAUUCCAUGAUGUUAUAUGGAACCCUGCAACUAAAGAAACAAAUGUUAUCCCCAAAUCAAACCUGCGCAGCAUAAUUACCCCUGCUCAUUAUCACAAUAGAAUUCAAGCUAUGGGAUUUGGUUUUGAUGCCAAAACUAAUGACUACAAGAUAAUCAGGAUUCUUGCUAUCUCUGACUACGAAGGAGUUAUACAACGAAGUGAGGUAUACAGUUUAAAUUCCGAUUCUUGGAGAGAAGUAGUUGAUGGACCCGGUUAUAAAGGUCUUAUAGAUAUGGGGAAAUGCAGCAAUGGGAUGGCCUCCUGGCUGGUAGAUGGUGUGGGUUUGCAGAUAUUAGAGCAAUAUUAUGACUAUGAGUGUUUGGAGAAAUUUGUUUUGUCAUUCGACAUGAGCGAUGAGGUAUUCCUAGAAACAGCAAUUCCAGAUAAUGUUAGAUCAGAUUCAUUUCUUACGCUUUUCGUGUUGAAUGAAUCAAUUGGAAUGGUUGAAUCCAUAAAUGUUGGUGUUGAUGAAAAAUACUUCGAAGUUACGUUUCAUAUAUGGUCGUUGCUUAAAGUUGGUAUUAAGGACUCUUGGACUAGGCUUUUCACUAUUGGACCAUUUAUAGAAUUUAACGAUUCAUUAGGAUUUCCAUUGCCAUUAGGAUUUUGGAAGAAUGACACCAUGUUCAUUGUAAAAUCUGACGGAGAACUGGUCUUGUAUGACCCCUUUACCAAACAAAUGACUAAACUCCAAGUUCAUGGUGACAGAGAGUCGUUGCAGUUGGUUACUUACAUGGAGACCCUAGUUUCUGUCAAGGGAGGAAAUGAAUUUAAAGAGCAAGAUAAUUGUUGACAAGGCUUGAGGGACAAGGCUUGAGGGACCAUCUUUCUAUGUAUCUUCCAAGAGUGUGUUUAUGCUGAGAUAAUAUUUUAUGCUUAUUCUUGUCAAAUGAUGUCUUUCUCAAAUAUUUAUACUCUUACAUUUAACCUAUAUUUCUUUUGGAACAAUUGUGAGAGAUUUUUAUGGUUAAAGAAGCAAAUUGUACAAGGGUUCUGCA